CGAGGUUUGAAACUAAAACAAGAUGGUAGUUACUGCUCAAACCCGGCAACAUGAAGAACAUCUGCCUCUCUAUGUCAUUGUAACGUGCAUGGUCGCGGCCACAGGCGGACUCCUCUUCGGUUACGACAUUGGUAUCUCAGGUGGAAUAACGACCAUGGAUGAUUUCUUGAAGAAGUUCUUUCCAGCGACACACGAGAAAACAAAAGGUGGGUCACCAAUUCUUGAAGAUGAGUAUUGCAAGUACAACAAUCACUUACUCACCCUGUUCACAUCUUCCCUCUACCUGGCGGCGCUUAUAUCUUCCAUCUUCGCAUCUACAAUCACAAGGAAGUAUGGCAGGAAAGCGUCCAUGUUUGUGGGAGGCUCUCUCUUUCUCACAGGGGCACUCCUUGGUAGCAUCGCAAAUAAGGUUUCAUGGGUCAUAGUAGGCCGUUUGUUUCUCGGUUUUGGUGUUGGAUUUUGUAAUCAGUCAGUUCCGGUAUAUUUGUGCGAAAUGGCACCGGCAAAGCAUAGAGGAGCACUUAACAUCUACUUCCAAAUGGCAGUUACAAUUGGGAUUCUUGCUGCGAAUUUCAUCAACUUUGUUGCUGCGAGGAUUCCGGGCGGAUUUGGUUGGCGAGUCUCGAUAGGAUUAGUGGCAUUUCCUGCUAUGGUUAUGAUGGUUGGAGCUCUUGCACUAUCAGACACUCCAAUUUCCCUAAUCGAGAGAGGCCACCAUGAUGCUGCGAAGAGGACACUGCAGAAGAUCCGUGGAACCAUAAAUGUGGAACAUGAAUUCCAAGAUCUGAUUUAUGCGAGCUAUUUCUCGAACAAAGUCGAAUAUCCUUGGAAGAACAUACUCCUACCAAGAUACAGGCCUCAGCUCGUCAUCUGCAUCCUCAUUCCGAUAUUCCAGCAGCUUACCGGCAUCAACAAUAUCAUCUUUUACUCGCCAGUUCUCUUUAAGACCAUGGGUUUCGGAAGCGAUGCUUCCCUUAUUUCCGCAACCAUUACCGGAGGUGUCUUUGUCGUAGCUACAGUUCUUUCCAUCAUCUCCGUAGAUCGAUUUGGGAGGAGGGUUUUGUUCCUUGUAGGUGGAUUGUUGAUGAUGAUUUGCCAGAUUGGUGUAGGGGCCAUUAUAGGCCUCAGUUUCGGAGUGACAGGUGAAGGAUCUUUGUCAAAGGCUGAGGCAAACAUAAUGUUGGCUUUGAUUUGUGGAUACGUGAUGGCUUUCGGCUGGUCUUGGGCUCCGCUGGGAUGGCUAGUCCCAAGUGAAAUCAGCCCUGUGGAGGCCCGACCAACGGCACAGGCCAUAACCGUGGCAUUCAACAUGCUCUUCACAUUCAUCAUUGCACAAUCCUUUCUCUCCUCGUUGUGCUUCAUGAAGUUUGCCAUCUUCUUCUUCUUUGCCUUCUUACUAGCAAUUAUGAUCGUGUUCAUGUACCUGUUUGUGCCAGAAACAAGGAACGUCCCUCUCGAGGGGAUGAGCAUGGUCCUGAAAUUGCAUUGGUUCUGGGGCAAGUACAUCCCAGAUGAAGUGAUUUUGUGGGACUACGAGAGUAGAUUGCUUCGACAAGUAGAGCAAAGUAAUUAGGAUACUGGAUGAAACACCUCCAGAGGUGGAGCUUGUUUUGCUCUAAUGGUCUGCGCCUUCAGUGAAGUGGCCUUAUUCACGAGGUUUGGCAGGCAGAAAUAUUGUGUACAUACACCAUUUGUUUUGUAAAUUGCAUAAUUCCUUCGAGCAUGCACAGAAUCAAAAGUAUAGGCCGGACUUCUACGUGUUUUGUUCUGGGUUCCUGUCUAAUGUAGCUCAACAUCUUUUUACACAUUGUAAAGUUGUUCAAUUCAUGGAACGUCUGUAAGUGAAACAUAGAU